UGAAAUUAGCUUCCCGGGAUGACAAUUACUGUUAUUAUAUAUAGGAAGACUACCAGUUGUUUCAUAUUUUAUAGCAUUUUGAAAUAUGGAAAUGUUGCAACUUACUGUGUUUGUGGUUCUUUUCGUAUGUCCGGUGUUUGGGAGGUCAUUUAUCAAGGACAUAGAACAACAACACAAAGAUGUUGCUAAUAGACAAAUUGUUCUGCAGCGUGCCAAGCGAGGAGAUGCCACCAGUCUGUCACGUGUCAAACGUACGGAUAUUUUUGAACUAGCUCUUGAACAGCAAAAUGCACCUGGAGGGUUUGACGAGGACAACACAGUGUCACGCCAGAGGCGAAGUGUACAAGAAGAACCGAUCAUUGAUUCAGGAAAUUUUAAGGAAAAUUCUGUAAUUCAACGCACGAUUCCCGCUGAUGAGACUGUGUUAUCACGAGUGAAAAGAAGAAACUAAACUAUAUUGUGACAUGUAAAAACGUAAAUGCAUAAACUGAACAUGAUUAUCUAUAUGUAUUUACUCUAAAAUGCACUUGAAAACUGCGGAUGAAGUGUUUAUCUUGCACUGAAGACUAAUGGUUAUAAACCAUUCAUGUAGGAGAAUUUUUUUCGGAGAGAAAUUCUUAGAAAAUGAGCUAAGAAUAUGUGUACAACGCUGUACAUAUUUGACUUACUGUUUGUAUGUUUGACAUAACUUGCAACACAUUUUAUCAAGUAUAUUACAUGUACUGUU